AUCAAUGGGAGGAGGAGACAACCGAGCGCGCGUUUCUAACAACACAAAACUCUGAUCCAGUCACCUGUGCGUUCAACACAGGAGCGUUACAAAUUCAAGUUUUAAGUUUUAGUGAGUUUUUUUGUUUGUUUGUUUGUUUUUUCUCUCUUUAAUUCACAUUUGUCUGAUCUUUACGCGGAGGGAAGAUGACACUCAAAUCCGUUUUGACUUUUGCCUCCGGGAUCGUGCUUGGGUUCGGGACGCUGCGCCUGAUGUUGGACUGGAACAUUUCCACGCCGAAUUUCUAUCAGUUACGGAAUUCCAGCAGCAAGGAGCGCUCUCUUCACCGGCUGGAUAAAGGUGACGAGAUGGUGGUGGAUUCCACAAACAGCAGACCUCGCGUCUUGUGUUGGAUCAUGACUGGACAAAAAAACCUGAACUCUCGUACCAGACACGUCAAGGAGACAUGGGCCAAACGCUGUGAUGUCACCCUCUACAUGAGCUCCCAGGAGUCCCCCUUCCCCACUGUGGGCCUCAAUGUGAGCGAGGGACGGGAGAACCUGUACUGGAAAACCAUCCGCGCCUUCCAGUACAUCCACGAGAAGCACCUGGACGACGCCGACUGGUUCCUCAAAGCAGAUGAUGAUACGUUUGUGGUGGUGGAAAACCUUCGCUUCACGGUGUCAGCUUUGAACCCCGAGGAGCCUUGGUAUCUGGGUCGGAGGUUUGCCCCUUUUAUUAAACAGGGCUACAUGAGCGGAGGGGCUGGAUACGUUCUCAGUAAGGAAGCAGUCCGAAGGUUUGUCCGCGGUUUCGAGACUGGGAAGUGCACUCACUUCUCCAUCCUAGAGGACAUGGCUUUGGGCAAAUGUAUGGAGAGCAUGAACGUGCAGGCGGCAGACACCAGGGAUGUGCUGGGCAGGCAGACCUUCCACGCGUACCCUCUGGAAAAAUACGUGUUGAGAGUGCCCCAAAGAGUACGACCCUGGUAUGUGCUCUACGAUUACUACAAACUCCCUGAGGGACCUGGCUGCUGCUCUGAUUACGCUGUGAGUUUCCAUUACAUCUACGCUGUGCAGAUGUACGCGCUGCAGUACAUGACCUAUCACCUGCGCCCCUACGGGUACAAGUACAGGUUUAACCCAGCGCUGUACCCACGCAACCACACGGACACAACUACGACCAAAACUACAGGCUAAAACUACGACCAAAACUACAACCAAAACUACAGGCUAAAACUAUGACCAAAACUACAACCAAAACUACAGGCUAAAACUACAGGCUAAAGCUACAGGCUAAAGCUACAGGCUAAAGCUACAGGCUAAAGGUACAACCUAAGUUAUGACUACAGUUACAGGCUGUGAACAGGAAGCUGUGGGUGGAUGGAAGUGACAUGUUUUAAAGUUCACACAUUAAAUGAAUUCUUGAGCGGAGGACACUUCUGUGUUUACAAAGAGGAAUGUUUGUGUCUCAGUGCUAUAGCGUUAGCAUUUAGGCUAAUGUUGAGGCACAAAAAAUAUUAAAACAACACUACAAACUGAAGUAUUCUACAUAUAAAAAUAAUUAGGUGGUGUUUGUUUCGACUCUUUUUAAUUUUAAUAGGUGGUUUAUUUUAUGUUUACAAGUUCAAUAAAAGUGACUGUUAGCUUUGAGACAGUGAACUAGCUAGUUAGCAUGCUGCUGUGCAAAGAGCCUAUUUGAUACCCAACAGUAAUAUUGUCAUUUGCUUUCAUAAAAUCCAGAAAACUGUGCUUGAAAAUGACCAUAAGGCACCAAAAAAAGAACUCUCAGAUUAUAUACUGACCCACAAGUGAAUUGAGAAUGGACAAUGUUACACGCUCUUUUCACAAUUAUAUUUAUACCAGUCAUCCCAGCCCUGUAUAUCCCAGUUUAGUAUUCUGAAAAUCUAGUCACCACAGAGACUUUUGCUCUUAAAAUAAAGCAGUAUUUAAAUAUCAGGAAGUGGGCAGCAAGAUAUGGACGGAUUUUCACAGACAAAUGUGUUUGUGUGAAGGCAUUUGUGUCACAAAGCUAAUGCUAAUUGAAGUUAAAAUGUAUUAUUGAUGUUAAAAAAGCACUACAGUCUGAAUUAUCCAGUGAUUUGCCACUAGAUAGAUAAGUUUUUAUGUACUAAUUUUAAGUUUUAUCUUAGGUUAGUAUGAUGGUGAAUGGUAUGCAAAGAGCAAAUCCGCACUUUUGAGCAAACUACAGCUCAACAGGCAGCUUAAAUGAAGUGUAUAAUAUUUAUUUGUUUUGAAAUAGUGACCUCUUGGAUAUUUACGUCAAUUAAAUAAUCUGUUUUUUGUUUUUGUUUUUUACAUGGGCAAAGUUACAACUAACACCAUGUAGAGCACAGAAGGAUGAGCUGCAAAUUUUCUAUGUUAUGGUGUCUUUAAAAGUUGCACUAUUUCACUGUACUGGGUAGGGGUUGGUUAUUGCCUUGCUUAUAAUAUUACAUAUGCAUGCUCUUUCAGACUUUUAUCAUUCGAAACAUGCCACACUGGAACAUUAUUAUGACAUUCCAAGCAGUAUCAGCCUAUGUGAUGCCAAUUUGAAUAAAUGUGAAACAGAUUUGCACACUGGAAAACAUGAUGAAAGACUAAAGUUUAAUGUUUUUGUUUAAUUUUACAGGUCCUAUAUUACAGAAAAUGUAUUCUUGUGAGCUUUAUGCCAGAAGUCAUGUUUUAAGCUAUGUUAAGCCAUGUUAGAACGUUGUUAAGUCAGCAAAAACAUACCUGGGGUUUUGUUUUGUUUCACAAGCACUGAAAAAGCGUGUGUCAAUUAAAGGUGUAACUAAGUGUAAAAAGGUGUGUGCAGGGUUUGUGUGAAUAAACCCCAGGUAUUUUUGUGAUGAGAAAACAACAUUUUAACAUAGCCAAUAAAGACUUUUUUGUUUUGUUUUGUUAUUAUAGAAUUAUGGUAACUAUUGCUGCACGGAGAGUUCUUGUGAAUGUAAAAUAAUCUGUAAGAUAAAUGUAGAAAAGUAUAUUUUAUUUAUUAAAAACUGUCAACACGUUC